AUGUCGGAAGAACAGCAACGUUACGCGAGUAUUGUUACCGAUUGCAUGAAAACAUCAACGGAAUUGUUAAAUACGGCUAAGGAAUUCUGUAUUCAACUUCAAAAAGAAAAAGAACGGGAUGGAAUAUCGUUUUACGAAGUGAAAAAUCGUGAUUUGCUUGCAUAUACACGUGAUUUGGUAUAUUUGAUGUAUCAAAUGUGUAUUGGAAAUAGUAUACAGGGUGAUCCGGCUAUUGAACGCUUGGUUUAUUUGAGAACGGUUUUGGAACGAAUGCGUCCCAUUGAAUACAGAAUGAAAAGUCACGUUGAAAAACUAAUUUUACUUGCUUCCGAUGGGACAAGUAAUGAUGUGAAAACAUUACGACCACAUCCAGAACAGCUGAAAGUGGAUGAUGAAAGUGAAGAGUUGGAAUCGGAAAAUAGCAGUGAUGAAGAUGCUUCCAAGGAAACGAAACCUAAAAAUAUGUUCCACCGAAACUUAUGGCAGUACAUUAUAAUGUUUACAGAAGAUGAAGAAGAAGUGGAAGAACGAAAAAUGGAGCGAGCAAGACGGCGAGCAUUGCAGAGUAGCUUGAUACAAGAUUUGCGAGCACAGUAUAGUGAGGCUCCGGAAGAGUUCCAAGAUGACAGUAUAGUAAGAAGGAAGAAGCAGGAAGAUGUUGAAAAGCAAAAAUAUGAAGAGGACUAUUUUAUCCGUUUGCAAAUGACGAAGAAAGAGAAGCACAAUAAAAGGAUCCAAGAUCGACAGAAUAUCCUAGAUGAGCUGCUGCAUUUCGGUAGUUAUAUGGCAGUGAAAAACACUGAAAAAGGUGGUGACAAUACAGCAGGUGGUAGUGCUGGUGGAAAACGCAGGAAAGUGGGAAAGAACAGGAAAUUUAGUAAAAAACCAAAUCAUGCUGGUGCAAAAGGAAAGAAGGGAAAAAGCAAAUCCAGAAAGAAAUAG